CGCGCGAGUAGGCAACAAACACAUGUAGAUGAGAGGCCACAAAGUCUAAAAACCUGAGCUAAUGAAACUUGAGUGACACUUCUCAUCAGGAAAAAGAUAUGUGUGACAUGUCUCUGGCAUAGUGUGCAGCUGAGCUCAACUGUGGCAGCUGUAUGCCUGUAUCGAUGGUGGGAAAAGGCGGUCUAUAAAAAUUAUAAUUAUUUCUACAUUCGCGUGUUUGUGUGUGCGUGCGUCUGUGUAGAAUACAGGCACAUCAGUAUCGCCUGCUUCUCGCAAAGUGCACACAGCGCUUGCUGUCUUUUUUUUCAUCAUAUCAAAAUCUGAUAUUGCUGUGAAACCGGGUCACCUACUACACGGCACACGCAGUACACUUUGCGCAGAUAUAGUCGUAUGUUUGUUGGUCUCAUGGCGACAGUUUGCUGAUGGAGAUAACCAUCCACUGGCGGUGCUGAGACACGUCUUCCUCUCUCUGACAUCUGCGUCCGACGCCGAUGGUUGGUUGAUUUAAUAGUGCUUUCACCUUCUGGUGAGUAAUUCUCACUAUGUGGGGGUGGGGGGAAGGAGGAAACCGCGGAAACCCUGAAAAAACUCCCUACGCCCAGUCAACUGGUGUCACAUACAGCGUCCCGAAACAAGAUAUGAACCCACAGCAUCUGACUGACGUGGUGACAAACCUCUCAGAGUAGAUAUCGAAGGCGUUUUCCAGUCUCCAGGAUCAGCCAAUCAAAUCACGCGAUACACUUUCGGCGGUAACCUUACAGUGACUUUGAAGUCGGCAAGCUGCAGCAGAUCUCACCUGCCGCUACAAGAUUAUUUGUAAAUAAGCAGUUAUUACCCGAAUAGGAGCAAUGGGUCGAUGGAUAAAACCGCUGAACAAUCCACCACGGUUGUCUGAAACAGAUUUACUCUCCGCGCAAGCCAGGAUCGUGCUGAUGAGCCUCGAGCGUAGAUAUGGCGUCAAGGAUUCAUUAUGGAGCUUCAAUAAUUCUGAAAUCUGUGCCUAUAAUGCUGGGAACUGUGAACUGCAAGAAAGUCAGUGUUCACUGUUAGGUAGUAGCACAAAGGUGAAGCAGGAGCCAAUUACUCCUAUUAGAUCUUCAGAGUGUAUAAAUAACCAGAAGGUGAUACUCCCAAGACAAAAUGUAAACACUGGAGAGCAUGCCUGUUCAUUCUCUGAUGACAAAUAUAUAGCUAUGCAGUCUGAGAAUAGAUCAAAUAAAGUCAGUAGAAAGCAUGCAUGGGCCUCAGAGACGGAGCCAGUUCCUAUAAAGGUUGUAAAGACAGCACCCAGUUGUGACCCAAUUCUACCAAAUUUCUUGGUAGGUGUGCCACAGAUAAACAAAGUACAAAAUAAAGAUGGGCAUCAAGAUUAUAACAUAAUAUCUUUAGCUUUUCCAAGCAUAGAUUGCACUCACACCUAUGAUUAUUCCCAGUCUACUGAACUAAACAUGACAACAUAUGCAAUAACAAGUUGUUCUCCUGCAUUGGCAGUGCAACAAAGAUCUCUUACUUGCUUAGAUAACAAUGCUGACAUUGUAAACAGAGAAAGGUUGAAGUCUAUUAGCAUAACUUCUACACCAAAGACUGUGAAGCCUUAUUACAGAACACGCAAUUUAUCUAACCAUGGCCACACUACAAAUAACCAGUUAAUGGGAGCAAACUUACUGAGAAGUUGCAUACAGAUCAGCACAGACAACCAUGAUUCUUACUCCACAAAUGCAUACUUCAAGGAAAAUAAAGAUUAUCAUAAAAGCCAGAAACAAGUCAUGGAUCUGCCUGUACUAGCACCCACACCUUUGGUCAGUGUCACAAAACAUCCAACAUCUGCAGCCUAUAGCAGUGAAGCCCACAUACAACAGUUCCUGCACCAACAUGUUGACCAGUAUGAGAAAAGAAGACAGCUUGCAGCAAGUGAUGUAAGCUGUAUGAAGAACCUGAGUAGAGCCACUAAUGAGAAGUCUGAAGAUAAACUCAAGGCAAAAAUUCCCAGCAGUUCCCAUAAUGCCAAAACAACAAGAGAUGAUCAGUUGCUGAUAGACAUCACAUCACUGAGUCCACAAGAAAGAGAGAUUAUAUCAUUUCAGCUAGAAACUGUUGGAGAGGUUUGUCUGAUGGUAGUUUAUCAUGACAACAGUACCAGCGCUAAUGUUUCCUUCUAUCAGUUAAAUGACAGGUUUGGUCAGUCUGCAAAGGGUGUUUUAGUCUAUGCUGAGAACAGAAUGAUGCUGUUUCCCCUAGUUGUUUCUGACCCAUCUUUGAUCAAAUGGUGCAGGUACGUGCUGAAUGCUCUGUUAUGUAAAGAGACCACAAGGAAAGUGGUAGUCAACAGCAAACUGCUUGUGAAAGUGCUGUUGCAGAAAUUAAACUUUACUCGGCAGUCAGAGGUUAUCUUGUGGCACCUGGAGGACCCAGCAGUGGCUGGGUGGUUAUUGAAGCCUGAUGACCCACCCUGCAGCCUGAAGAAUCUCAGAAAGACGCACACAACAUUCUGUGGAGACAACUAUAAUUAUGACAGAACCAAGUCAGACUCUAAGUUUUACUUUCUAGCCAAGGAAUCAUUAGCCAUUAUGGAAGGUCAACGUAUUCUGUUAAAGUCAUAUAGUCUGUGGCAGCUGUUUCUGCAUGUGGAAAUGCCACUGGUGCCAGUUUUAGCUUUGAUGGAGUUGCAGCCUAUCAGGGUAGACAUGCCAAUGCUCCUACGUUACUCUGAUAUGUUGAAGAAAAACCUGCAAAAACUUGAGAAUCAGGCUCAUGAAAUGGCUGCUCAUCCCUUCUCCAUCAACAGCACAUCCCAGAUUAGACAGGUGCUGUAUGAGAAGCUUGGUCUUGACAAACAUCUGUCUGGUGGAAAUGGGAUGAUACUAACCACCUCAAAUAACCUCAAGUCCACAUCAGAAGCUGUGCUAGUUCAGAUGUCUGCUUAUCACCCUUUGCCUUCAGUAAUUCUUCAGUACAGACAGUUAGCCAAGAUGAAGUCCACGUACAUAGAGGGAAUCCUGGAACUGGUGCAGGAUGGGGUGGUGUAUACUCACUGGGACCAAACAGCUGCUGCCACUGGUCGUCUCACAUCUUGCAGCCCUAAUCUGCAGGCUGUGCCCAAAACAUCUAUUGUUAUCAAAGAUUUUGACAACAGCAUCAUAAUCGGUUCUGAACCUAAAACAGUGAAGAUCUGCGCAAGAGAACCAUACAUAUGUGGAGAAAAUAACAUAUUCUUGGCAGCUGACUUUCAGCAAAUAGAACUACGUUUACUAGCACACCUGACGGAUGACAUCACGCUCAGAACUAUUUUCAACAGUCUCUCACAUUUUGAUGUCUUCAUUCAGCUUGCAGCCAAAUGGUUGUCAAAAGCAGAAAGCGAAAUAACUAAUCUGGAGCGGGAACAGACCAAGCGCGUGGUAUACUCGAUCAUGUAUGGAGUGGGCAAGGAGCGGUUGGCUAAGUACCUGAAAGCAACACCUUCCACAGCCAAGGAGAUCAUCAACAGCUUUUUAGUAUCUUUUCCAGCAAUUCAGCAUUUCACUCAGUGGUGUGUCACAUUUGCAAGGCAGCAUGGUUAUGUAGAGACAUUGAUGGGGCGGAAACGCUGGUUGCCAAACAUCACUCACAGUGCAGCACAACUGCGUUCCCAGGCUGAACGUCAGGCAGUCAAUUUUUGCUUACAGGGUUCUGCUGCUGACCUUUGUAAAUGUACCAUGCUGAGAGUUGAAGAGGCUUUGUAUAACAAGAGUCACCUGAGGGCUAGACUGUUGCUGCAAAUACAUGAUGAGCUUGUAUGGGAAAUGCCAAGUGACCAGCUGCAGGAAACGUGUGAAGUGAUCAAAACGGUGAUGGAAGAUGCCAAGCUGCUAUGCUGCCCAUUUCUUCCUGGCCUGAAGGUGCCGCUGUCAGUGCAUCUAACUCACGGUACCUCCUGGGCCAGACUCAGCCCUCAGAUGCUUCGCCCACCAGAUGUUGCUGCCUUUAGUGUGUCCAGACCAUGCAGCACCUAAACUCUUCUAAGCCAAACAGUCAACAAGUAUUUCGUUGUACCAAUGUCAGGAUAUGUGGAGAGAGUUGGCGGGUUCCUUCCAAAAUUGAUAAAUGUCUGUGGGUUUUGUCUGAUGCAUAUCAUUAAGGGCUGUUGUAUUUGUUAAUGCGUUAUUUACAUUUUGUUCAACAAUGCCAUUUCUAAAACAAUAAAUUCUUGUAGAUAUAUAAUCACAUUCACUGUUUAUUACUGGUGCUGAAUAUUAUCUUCUGCAUUUUAUGGUCAGUAGGCAACAAUCACCCUGACAGCCUGGCCUCCAAAGUGCUGCAGCACUCGUUUAUAUUCAUUGGAGGAGGGAUCCAAGUCCACCAGCUUCACCUUGUCCCCCUUUGACAUGUGCUGCCAGUGGUCUGGGAGUGGGAUCUCUCGGGAUUUUUCUGUUCACACAAAUACUUGCAUUUGAUGUAUCAUUCACACUAUUUUGCACAUUAUUUUACAUCAGUUUCAUGUCUUUUUAACAUACAGGCGUUAGCUCUUUAUAGUUCUGUACCUGGACUGAGUAUGCUCCUCGCUAAGGGUAACAGUGCGGCCCCUAGCGCCAAGUCAGUCCGUUCCUCAUUUGCUGUUCCAAGGAAGAGGUCGGAAGUUCCUAAGGAGAAUUGUCUAAAAUUCUAGCUCUCUUUCGUCGGGUGCGUUGUCUAGUCUAUACCUCGCGUUCUGUUCUUUUCCACAUCCACUACACACUCGCACUCAGCUGACUUUGGAAUCCACAAAAGACCCUGCUUUUUCCCAGACAAAAGUGACUUUUCUUCAUGUGUGCUCUCUGCUGUUGUGUCACAACUACGGACAAUACUAACGUCUUUCUCUCUAGUGAUACACGUUUAUCUAUUUCACAUGACGAAGACACACGUCCGACACGCUAGCAUUCGCUCUUACUGACACGCUCACACAGGUAAAAAAGUUCAAAGAUUUAUUUACACAUAAACAACUAUAUCUGUUCUAACCUACGUAUAAUACUAAAACCUAGCACCCUGGGGUGGGGAAAGAGGGGGUUGAGUGAAGCAAUCAAAGCACCUUGCGGCAAAUUGGUACUUCUUUCGUACUCAUAACCAAAGUUUUACUAAUUUUUUAAGCAAGACCAGCCGCCUUUCGGUAAACAGGUGCAAACACUGACUUCUGCCUGCUAUUUCUGCCAGUUUCCUUUGUCCUCUUUUGUCUUCCGUCUCCAGUUGCCGCUCGCGCGAUCAAGUAUAGGGUAGAAGGGGGAGCGGGGUGGAGGGAACAAGCAUCAUCAAUCAAAAAGCAACAUUGAUAUAGUGGGUGAUUAUAAGCUCUAAACUGUAAAGAGAUAAGAUUUAAAAGGUUUUCUAUGUUUAUACGUGUAAAAGUGUUGAUUCUGGUCCUAGUUAUUGUUGAUAUACCACUACUGUUUCCAGAAGAAUUAUAAAAACCUGCUUAAUAAUGUUGCCUUAUUUUUAAAAAGUACAAAGAAUCACCACAAAAUGUAUAGAUAUUCUCUUCACUCUUCAAUAACAUUCUCAUCCAGAAAAUAAAACCUGAAGAGAACAGUUUUUAAUCUUCACAUUUCCCAUUCUUACAAA